UGUCCUCUUCAUGUAAUCUGAGUGCCAACAUAACAAUACGAUAUUGUUACAUAACGAUAUUAUUAUCUUUUGUCAUCGAUUCAUAGUAGAAGUAGAUAACUGCUCGGCAUUAGAUCUUCUCGGUUCUCACGUGCAACGGGUUUAGUUACGACUAUACUACUAAUUACUACAUAAUUAUUUACUAAAUAAUAAUACUAGUAGCCAUGUUUCUUUUCAUUGAACUAAAUAUUAUGUAAUGAUUAUAUGCGAGUUCGUGGUUGAUGUAAAAUGAAAUUAAUUUUGCUUCCAAAUUCAAAUAUUAUCUGUUAUCAGUUGAAAAAUAAUUUGAAUUUCCCGUUCACCAAUAUCAUUUGUUUUUUUGAAUUUUUUGUUAUUGUGUAUUUUAAGUCCAAACUUAUAGAUCUAUAGUUUAAUAAUAGUUUUUGUUAGACUAAUGACAUGACAAUCUUAUUCAUAAAUCUUACUCGUGAUAAUUUUGACCGAAUCACUAUACAUUUUAAUGAGUGCAACUUUAAUUUAUUUUAACUUUAUAAUAAGUUAUAAAUUUAAAAAAUGUGAAAUUAUGAGUAAACAAAAGAUAUAAAAACACUGAACUAUAUUGAAUGUUAUAAAAAAAGCUAACACAUAUUUGCAGUCUGCAUAAUUUCAUUAUGAAUAACAUUAAACAUUUUAUCGAAUCGUCUCAAGUUCCAAUUGUUUUUAAUAAUAUGUUAGAUGAUUGGGAUCCAUUUAAAUGGGAUUUAGAUAAAUGGAACAGUAUAUUUGAACAUCAGUCAUUAGACUGUAGAAAAGGAAAAAUUACGUGUACUAAAGAACCUUUAUGGGAAAAUAAGUGUUUGCAUGAAAAUCAUUCAUUUAGCGAAAUUAUUAACAUGUCAAAUGAUAUCGAGAACAGUGGACAAUGGUUAUAUUUUGAUUAUAAGUACAUUGGAGAAAAAGUUGAUGAAAAGAUAUUCAAAUCGAUAUCAUGGAAAAAGUUUGGUUAUGAAAAUUUAGGCCCAAAAGAUUCGACUUUAUGGAUUGGAAGUACUGGUGCUCACACACCAUGUCAUCAAGACUUGUAUGGUAUUAAUUUGGUGGCUCAAGUUCACGGAAAAAAACGUUGGAUUUUAAUGCCACCUGAAAUGGGAAAAUAUCUAAAGCCAUCUAGAAUUCCUUAUGAAGAGUCAAGUUGUUAUAGCAAAAUUAACUUUUCAUGUCCAGACAAUAUUCAAGAUAUUAACGAUGCCUGUAGAUGUGUGACAGUGGUUUUAUCGCCUGGCGAUGUACUAAUUGUUCCACAUAAAUGGUGGCAUUAUGUUGAAAACUUAACUACUGCUGUUAGUAUUAAUACUUGGAUACAGAUUCCUAAAUAUGACAAUAUGGCUCGAUUAAGUGAGUCUGUGGUUCGUUUUAUGGUGAGCAGUAUAUGUUCUGGUGUGUCUAAAAAUAUUCAAUCAAGAUUACUAAAUCCAAAUGAAGCAUUUUCAUCAUCCAUGACUGCAGAGUCAAUUAAUUUUAUUGACCAAAGCAUUAAAAUAAUAAAAACUGAAGAAGAAACUACAGAUUCAGAAGAACCAGAUUCAACUUCGCUCAUAAAAUAUCAGUAUAAAACCUAUGAACCUGAUCAAUGUUUAUCUAAAGUGAAGUUUGAUACAAAAUAUCACAGACAUAACCACACUAUAAGUUCUCUAAAACCAGAUUUAAAUUCUGAUGUUAGUUAUAGAUUAUUAGAUUCUUUAUGUAAUGAUACUGUUAUAAAUCAAAUUGUUAAUAGUUUAAUAAAAGAAGAUUAA